AUGCGAGCUCUGACCGGCGGAGGAUACAGUUUCUGUUUCCUCCGCAUCUUAUUCGGUCGGGAAACUGCAGCUCUUAAAAUAAAUAAAAACCAAAUAUAUAUAGUUAAUUAAAUUAAAAAUAAAUACAUUCAAUCUCGCAUUCCUGUGUGUAUUCUUUAAGCGCUGUCGCGGCGCAUUGACUAUAAUUAUAGCGAAUUAUUAUCGUCAGAAGGCCAUUAAAUUAACUGUUUUUGGUUUUUUUUGGUACAGAUUUUGGGACGAGGGGUAAAGACACACACACAUAUAUAUACGAGAUUAAACUCAAAUAUAAAUGGCCACGUCGCAUGUACCGCCUUUCCCCGAGUUUGACGUGAACUCAGACGAAACCACGGUGGAAACCCGCUGGAAAAAAUGGAUCCAGCGCUUUGAAAACUUCCUCCUCGCCCUGGACGUCAAAGACGAGGCUCGCAAAAGGGCGAUGCUGCUUUACUACGCCGGGGAAGCGGUGUAUGAUAUAUUCGACUCCCUGCCCGGUACCGGGGGACCCGGCGAUUACGUCACCGCCGUUUCGGGGCUCACCCAACAUUUCGCGACGAGGAAAGACGAAGCGGAGUCUUCCGAAUCGGAGCGGUUCGGACGGGAGAAGCAGCAGAGAGCCGGGGAGUCCGUGGACUCGUACCACGCCAGGCUCAGAGAGCUGGCUGCUGGAUGUCGGUCCCCCGAUGCCGAGGUGGAAAUUAAAAACGCCGUCGUUAUGAAUUGCGCUUCGCCGCGGCUCCGUCGGCUGGCCCUGAGGGAGAAGGACAUGAGUCUAAACGAUCUUUUGGACGCGGCCCGAUUCAUAGAGGGCUCGGGCAGCGGAGGAAAAACAAGGGAACCGUCCGGCAGUGAAGACGCGAGCGAUGAAACAGAACCCCCCGAAACUGCCAUUGAAACGGUCCGCAUCAAACAAGAGGCUCCGGACCACGAACAGGAACAGGAGGAGGAGGAGGAGGAGGAGGAGGAGGAGGAGGAGGAGGACUACGAAAUCCAAGCCGUGGUGAUCAAAGAGGAAGACGAUUCGGACGAUCGUGUCGAGAGAGUCUCUCAGGCCACCCAGACGCCCGCCCAGCCGAUUGCUCCCGCCAACCAGGGUGCCCACCAGUGCCCGGUCUGCCGCAAGCGAUUCCGGCAGUCGGGGAACUUGAAGAUCCACCUGCGGAUUCACACCGGAGAGAGGCCGUACCGCUGCUCCGAGUGCGGCCGGAGCUUCAAGCAGCUGGGGAACUUGAAGAUCCACCAGCGCAUUCACAGCGGAGAGAGGCCGUACCGCUGCUCCGAGUGCGGGAGGAGCUUCAAGCACUCUGCCAAUCUGAAGAAGCACGGGCAGGUCCACACCGGAGAGAAGCCGUACCGCUGCUCCGAGUGCGGGAGGAGCUUCAGCCAGAACCGGACCCUCAUCAACCACCUGAUGAUCCACUCGGGGGAGAAACCGUUCAGCUGCCUCCACUGUGACAUGGCCUUCCGCCACCGCGGGGACCUCAAGGUGCAUUCCCACGUUCACUCGGGAGAGAAGCCUCACAGCUGUGAGGAAUGCGGGAAGAGAUUUAGACACCCGGCCAGCGUCCGGAGCCACCAACGCGUCCACACCGGAGAAAAACCGUACCACUGCACAGAGUGUGGCAAGAGCUUCACCCAGGUGGGGAGUCUGACCACGCACAGGAAGCUGCACGCCACGGAGAAGACGUACCAGUGUGGCGCCUGCGGGGACCGCUUCACACGACUCGGAAGUCUCACCACGCACCAGAGGAUCCACAUCGCAGAGACCGGAGCCACCUCAAGAGAGAGCGCAGCGAGCAGGGAGUGAGAGGAGAGAGAGGGAGAGAGAGGGUUCACAGCACAGAGACCAGAGACGAGAGAGAGAGAGAGAGCACAGCGAGCAGGGAGCGAGAGGAGAGAGAGGAAUAGAGAGGGAUCACAGCACAGAGACCGGAGACGAGAGAGAGCACAGCGAGCAGGGAGAGAGAGGAGAGAGGGAGAGAGAGGGUUCACAGCACAGAGACCGGAGACGAGAGAGAGACGAGAGAGAGUACAGCGAGCUUAACAUAAGCAAAACAGCUUUAUAUUUAGAUAGAUAUAGACAACAACAGCAAACAGCUACGUAUAGAGGGAGAGAGGGAGAGAGGGAGAGGAAGCAGAGAAUUGACCCGCAGCCCACAAGCUCUCUCUCCAAGGAGAACCAGGAUCCAACAGGAGACUCAUCAAUCACUAGAGAUGCUCAACGAAGAAGAAAAGCCAUCGAUAAACUCAAAACUCUCUCCGUUAAUAAUGAUCCUCAGCCCGUUGCUGAGCUGUGUAACUUCAGCCCGGAUCAGAGCGAUGCGUUUCCUAUCAGGAGGAGAACACCAAGCCUUUCAGAGCCGCUGUACAGAGAUUCAAUGAAUCAAAUAAAAGUUAAUAAUGCA